CCUUCCCAGCCCAUGGCCGUGGGCAGCCGCAAGAGUCCCUUGCUGCAGGGAAGCGAAGCAGAAGUGAAUUGGGUGGCUGCUGCGUGGAGCGUUGCUUCCUGUGGCACAGCCAGCCCUGUCCUGCUUAGGAAGUCACGCAGCAGGAGCAAGGGCAGUGCCCGGGAGCCUGCCUCGAGGUCCCCAUCAGCCCCGAACACGUGGAUCUAAACACAGCCAGGACAGGCUGCGGAAGCACCAACGGCAGCUGGAAGACACCUGCAGGCACUGAGGUCUCAUCCGGCUGGAGGCAGAGGAGGUUCAGGCGCCGGAGACAGCCAAGCACUAGCAGAGCCUUUGGCACCUAAGCCGUAGGUUUGGCAGCAGCUAGAGGAAGCAGCCGUGGGGCAAGGAAACGUUUCGGUGUGAGUUGCCUGGUUGUUCACCAUGAACGUGGCUGCUCUCCUCCUCCUGGGGCUGGGGCUGUUGGAGGCAGAAGGCAGGUGUUUCUUCAAUCGCACUCAGGAGCACUGUGUGUGCUAUAACCUGUCCCAGGAAAGCGUAAGCAGCAUCAUCCAGUGCCUCCCAGCCUCUGUUGUGGAGUUUUUGGGGGGAGAGCUGGAGAGAUACGUAGCCUUCCCAAUCAGCAACCUGGACCCCUCUGCCAUUGAAAUGCUGGGCUCCCUUGUCAUCAGGAAAAUAAUUUUUGGUGAUCUCCUGGUCCCUGAGAUACUCCUUGCCCGAGUCCUGAGGCUCUUCUCCUACACCCAGGUGCAGGAGCUGGUGUUUGAGCGCUGCAUUUUCAAGGGGAGAGGCAACUGGGAUGAAAUGGCCCGCCAGGACUUGCCCAUAUUGUCCCUGCACUUCCACAACGUGACAUCUGCCCCGCUGACAGGCCGUGAGCAGGACUUCUCUAGUCUAAGCAGCUGGCUGGAGACCCUGCAGGAGCUGGCUGUCACUGGCUCCCAUGUCACCAACCUGCCCUGUGGCAUCGGAAGGGUGUUCAGGGCUCUGCGCUCCCUGGACAUGGCACAAAACAGUGUUGGGGAUGAGAGCUUGAUGCUUGCCUUCUGCAAGGGGGCUUUCCCUCAGCUUCAGGUACUGAGUCUGCAACGCAACAACCUGACAUCCUACCACAGCGUGUGUGAAAGCGUGCAGCUGCUGCCUGAGCUCCAGCAUCUAGAUCUCAGCCAGAACAAGCUCAUGGCAGACCUGUCCUCCUCCUGCCAGUGGCCAGCAUCCCUCCGAAUUUUUAACUUGUCCGACACUGGCUUGGAUAAAGUCCUCACACCUCUGCCUCCCAGUCUAGAAGUGUUGGACAUGGGCUGCAACCACCUCCAUACUGUAGACAUCUCCCUUAGCUCCCUGAAGAAGCUCUUCCUGAGCCAAAACAUGCUGCAGGCUUCUCCCUCCAUCAGGAAUUGCCCCAUGUUGGAGACCCUCCACCUAGACAACAACUUGAUCACAGAGCUGCCAUGGGAUGAGGUGAAGCUCCUGGGGCGCCUGUGGGAUGUGGCUGCAGCUGGCAACCCCUACAACUGCUCGUGCUCUGGGGCCGGGGGGCUCCAGGCGCUGGCGGGUAUGGGGCACCUUGGGCAGGGCUGGCCCCAGGACUACAUGUGUCACUCCCCACCUCAGUACCAGGGCAGGCUGGUGAGGGACGUGCCGGUCUCAGUGCUGCAGUGUAACAGUGCUGCAGUGAUUGCCCCUGUCUGCGUUGCCCUCGCCCUGCUUGGGGUAGCCGGGGCCAUCUGCCUGGUCAGAUCCAGGCCUGGGCUCACGCGGCCCUGCCGCAGAGUGUGAAGGGGAUGUGUGACCGUUCCCACCAGUGCUUCCACACAGGGGCUCAGCCCCAGGGGCUGCAAGGCCAGGAUCUCUGUGGGAAGACUCACAGGACCCCCAAGUUCUGGUGAGGGGCUGUCUUGAUGUCCCCAUUCCAGGCUCCCCUGUGGAGCAGGACUGUCCCCAGCAUUAUCCCACAGUGGCUGUAGCUCUGCCUGUCCAAGUUUUAGGGAAACCCCCAAGCAAAGCUCCUUGCCUUGCUUUGUCCCAGGGCUGCAUCCUCCCAGAGGGGUUUUCCUUAUGGCCAGCUCUAACUCCCCAAGCCCCAACAGGCACCCAUUGGCCCUGUGAUAUCAUCUGCCCUGAACAAGAGAUGUUCAGCUCCAUCAUAUUUGCACCACUGCAGGUGGUGCUCAGAUGCCCCAAGCCUCACUGGGGUCUGGUGGUCUCCACCCAGAGCCCCCCCCUGCCCCUCCUUGUAGCCCUGUGCCCCCCAGCCCAGCUGU